AUGUCGAGCGAACAGAGUGAGGAUUGAGAAUAACUAUAUAAAUAUAUUGUAGACCUUUUGCAGUGGCCUCUUACAAACGCUUCUUGGGGCAUCAGGAUCGGCUCUUCGAGACGCUUUUCAAGGCGUACGAUCCCGGAAUCGGAGCGGUUUAUACUUUAUGUAAGAACAAAACGUGCACCACAAUCGUCUGACAAUGUCGCUCUACCGCAAUCCCACAAACUUUUUGCAAUUAGCACUGAAUUCACGUGGAGUGCGGUAGAGCGCAAGAUGCAACGCUUCCAGACAAUUCUAUGCAAGACAACGAGACGAUCCAUCCGCCGCGAUUCGAAAUUGACAUCCAACUGUCUAUGCUCAAGUUGGUGGAAGUUGUGGAGCCGGAAGAGAAGGUCACUUUUCUCUUUGAUUAUCAAUCGGUAUCAGAGCUAGUUUAUACGAUAAACUAAGGGUUCAUAGAGCUGGUACGAUCCUCGGCUGGCCUGGAAUCCCGAAGAGUUUGGCGGAAUCGAUCACAUCUAUGUGCCACGUGCGAGAAUUUGGAUUCCCGAGACGACAAUAGUUGACUGGUCAGUAGUCAACUUUCUAUCAUAUUAGUGACGAGUAUUUCAGCUCUGACAUAAAGAUUUUCGACAACGAAUUGACCAGAUAUGCGUGGGUAAGUCUGGAAAAAGUUAUCAAGUCUCGACAUUCAAAAUGCAAAAAAGUUCAGCUCCAUUCGAAUGGAUCCGUCGGAAUGUACACCGCUUCGGUGACUUCAGUCGUGUGUCAACUGGAUGUCAGUGCUUUCUAGUUGUAUGAACUCAAUUGUAUACUUCAGGUGUACAAAUUUCCGUUGGACAAGCACACGUGUAGUGUUAACAUCCUCUUCAACACAUACUUACUGACCGAGUUUCUGAUAAACGGACACACGGGAACACUUCCGAGGCCCGCUAAACAAUUGGUAAAUCGUUGUCUUACAAGUGCUUUGAUUAAAAGUAUAACUCAGGGAAACGGAGAAUGGCAAAUGCAGUCUAUUCAGAUGAGCAUCGAGCCGGUCGUCGAUAACUUGACAUAUUUGGUAUAGCGCGCUACGGUCUCCAGAGCUGACAAUGGGCGCAAGUGCGCCCCGCCCAAUAGAGCGAUACGUUGGCGCGAAAUUCAAAUUUUAACAGCAAAAUUUGUGUUUUUUUGCCAGAUUAGCCGCGAAAAACCGAUAAUUUCUCAUUUGUCUCUCGAUAGACCGGUUGUAUAGGCUAUUACGAAUUUUUUGAGCGCAAGAGCGUUAAAUUUGGUCAAGUCGCAAAUCACAUUUAUCCGUUUGAAGGUUUUUGGCUAAAACUGCGUGAAUUUCAGUUGCUUUUCGGUAGUUUUCGCGGUUCGAGCGCUCAAAAUGCUUGUAUUUACGUGAUUUAUCAUUCUCAGAACCAAUUCUGUCUGAAAACGGUCAAGAAAGCGCAAAAUGAGAAGUGCGGUUUUUAGGCGGCGAUCGGCGGCGAAGGCGAAAAAGCGAAAAAGCGAAAUCAGCGAAAAAUGCGCCAAAACGUCAUUAAUUCCGAGAAUUAGUUUGUUUUCAUGGCGAACAAUCAUUUUUCAUCGCCUUUGACCGAAAAAAAUCAGAGAAAACUUGCUCAAUUCAUGAAAACGCCAUUUGGCCGAGGCCACGCCAUAUUGUCAGCUCUGGAGACCGUAUAUAUAGUUAUAUUAGUAGAAAUGUGUAUUGAUAUUCCUGAAAGUUCUAUCCUACAACAACAAGACUUUCAAGAGAUACGCUCUCUGCGCGAGACGAGCUAACGCUCGGAAGCGGCUACGCCGCAUGUUCGAUUAUGAAAAACGUUUGAAUGUUUACGUGCCCAUUUUUUGUUUUCCCGUCACUAUUUUUCACGAAUGAAAGUGAGAAAUACAAAUGGAGAACCUGAGAAGACUUUUAACAAUCAGAUUGAGCUCAAAACGGUUACAUAUCUGACAUUUUCGUUGUAAAUUUUCGUGUUUUAAGCAAUCAAGUCCAGAACUUUCAGGAAUGCCCAGGCCCAGGCCAUUUGAAACAUUCUUUAAACAUUGAACGUGUUCAGACUCGAUUCGAAGCCACGUUCUCCAGAAAUCCCGGAUUUUACAUUGUUCUCGUCAUGAUUCCCGCCUAUUUCAUCAACGUUCUCUCGAUUAUCGCUCUGUUCAUUGACAUUGAUAAUCAAGCGGAAAAGGUGGAUUUGAACGGUUACCCAGCUAAUUGAGCAAUUUUUCAGUUCACCGUGGGUCUGACGAACAUAAUGUCAAUGAGUUUCAUUCUGAUUAUUCUGUCAGAGGAUCUUCCCAAAACAAGAAGUCUGCCACUUUUAGGUACGCGAGCCUACGCGCAUAAUUUUUUUUCGAAACAAAAAGUUCAGCCAUCUACACGAUCGCAAGUCUGGCUAUAAUGCUCGUUUCGAUUUCUGCAGUGGUGGCUAUUCCGAAAAUCAAGGAAUUCUAUGCGAAACGUCGAGUGGGACGUGGCGAAAAAGUGGCGCAAGGUGAUGAGCCUCCGAGGACGUGGUACUAGAAUUGUCUGAAAAAUUAAAAAACAGAAGUUUUUUAGGUGUGGCCGAAUCAAAUACUACUUAAAAAUCGAGUACGUUUUCAUGGCCGUUUUCCAAAUUGCAAACUUUGUCAAUUUUAUCAUUAUCUUUUUCUGA